AUGUAUUUUGAUACUCGAGCACGAGCAGUGAAUUAUACCUGGGGCCGACGAUGUGAUGGUCUAUUUUUCAUCACAGAAUCAUCGAAUGAUACUCAAGGCUUGCCUAUAGCACCGAUCGCAAAUCUUACACCUGGCUACGAGCAUUUAACACAAAAAGUUGUUUUAGCAUUGCAAUAUGCAUAUGAAUAUCACUUCAAUAAUUUCGAUUGGUUCGUUAAAGCUGAUGAUGAUACCUAUAUUUUUAUGGAAAAUCUGAAGGCAUUUUUGCUUAAACAGAACACCUCUGAACCAGUCACAUUCGGAUGGAUUUCGAAGGGUUAUGACUAUCACCAGGGCGGUGCUUCCUAUGUAUUAAGUCGAGAAGCACUAAAACGUUUCAAUCAAGCUCAUCAGAAGCCUAAUACAACGUGUCGCAAAUAUGGUGGUCAUGAAGAUAUCGAAAUUCGAGCAUGUCUUCGUAGUGAAGGUGUCUAUAUGGGCAACACACGUGAUAAGGAAAAUCGUGAACGUUUUCAUCCUCUAAACUUUUAUGACCUUUUCGUCGGUCCUAUACCAGAUUGGUACAAGGAUAGAGCAGCACUUGAGCCUGUAACUAGUUAUGAAUGCUGUGGUGAGGACGUAAUAUCAUUCCACUACGUUCCUUGGAAUGAACUAUAUUUAAUUGACUCAAUGUGGCAUAGAUUUCGACAUGAAAGAUAA